AUGUGUGAAAGUGUGAUGGGUGCCGCCCACAGAACUCUGGAGGCGGAUCAGUUGUGUCCCACCUGUCCUUACUUCCUGCCCACGUCCGUCGAGAUCACCACACCUGUGGGCAUCCCGGCCAACCUCACCUGCGGCGUCAGGCAGCUCGGGGACAAGAAGGUGUCGUGGAUCAGGCGCCAGGACCUGCACGUGCUGACCACAGGUAACUUCACGUACACGACGGACACGAGGUUCCGCGCGCUGCACCUGCCCGGCUCGCCCUUCUGGAGCCUGGAGGUGGACCGGCCCGCCAUCACUGACUCCGGCCUCUACGAGUGCCAGGUGUCCACGCAGCCCAAGAUAUUCCGCCGCUUCAGGCUCAGCGUUGUGGUCCCCAGCGCGCGCAUCACCGGCUCGAGGGAGAUCUUCAUGAAGGCGGGCAGCGACAUCAACAUAACGUGCGUGGUGAAGGGCGCCAUCAGGGGAGCGCCCGUCACCUGGUACCACGUGCUGCCCCGCGACCCACCCAAGGAGGAGCUGGUGGAGAUCAACGCCGGGGGCCGGGGCGGCGUGCAGCUGGUGACGGACAAGAACUCGGGCACCAGCUGGCUCCUGGUCACCCACGCCACCUGGAGGGACGCCGGGAACUACACGUGCGCGCCCGUGCACGCCACGCCCACCUCGGUGUCCGUCCACGUGCUCGACGAGGCUCCAGCCGAGCUCCAAAACGACCCCCAGCCGAGCCGGGCCCAGACGUCCACCCAAGGAACGCCAGGCCUCCCGCUGCUCCUGCUGGGGCUUCACCGUCUGCUGGGGCGCGACAGGACGAGAACGUGGUGCCUCUGGGUUCUCCUGGCUGCCUGUCUAGGGUUCUCCAGCGCCGCCAGGGGUACGGGUGGCCUUCAGGACGUCUCUCAGACUCGGCCCUACACUGUGUGUGGAGGAAAUUAUCAACGGCAUCCCGAGUAACGACAGCAGCACCCAGCCGGUGGCCACACAAGGGCACGCAAGAUGCUCUCAGCCCGCCCCUAGAUGCCACCCCGGAUGCCGGCCUGGUGCACCCCCUUGUACGCCUCCUGGAGAGGGCAGACAGCCUCGGGUGCUGUCGUGUUGUUCGUCAAGCUGCUCCGCUCGCCGCACACCAACGUAACAUGCAGAGCAAGCCGUGUGGGAGCUGGGAAACACUGCUGGCGAUGGCCCCAAACUCAAAGACUUCGUCAUUAAGGCUGGCAUUGUACAACCUCUUUUGGAACUCAUUAGACCAGACACAGAGACUGCCGAGAUCAACGAGGUGGACCGCCUGGGCCAGAUGACUGAGGAGUGCGGCGGACUGGACAAGACUGAGGACUGCAGCACCACGACAACGAGGCCGUGUACGAGAAGGCCCUGGAUGGAUAUCAUCGAGAAGUGUUCCGGCGAGGAGGAGGGCCCCGAGGUGAGCAGCACCACCAGUGGCCAGGCGUACGACUACUCUGCCGUGAACAACGUGCCUGAGGGUGGAUUCUCUUUCUAGGACUUCAGUGUGUGUGUCUGGCAAGGGAGGAGCAGCAGCAGGCAGGGUGUGUGUGUUCCACGGCGGAAUAAUGUGAUAAUGUAUCUAACCGUCGAUCUCACUUGUCUAAGUGGCCUCUGCAGCAUGUUUUACUGGGCCUUCAGUGGACCCGCUGGUGCCUCAAUGUUUUACUGGGCCUUCAGUGGACCCGCUGGUGCCUCAAUG